UGACAGACUAAUUUCCGAACGAUUUGAAUCAUAUCCAUUUUAUUGAAAGCUCAAGCAGGCACAUGCCUGUCGCGCAGAGCAAUGCUUGACUUUCAAAGUCGCGAGCGCGGUACCCUUGCUGGUGGGUCAGGGCGCUCAUUCGUCGACUAGCGUUGCCCAUCACAGAACAUCUUUCGAGCUCCACAUUAUCUUCCUUCACCGUACCAACAACAUCCGGUGAAGCCAGUUGAAGGGCCCACGAUGGAGGACUUUGACGAGAAUGACGAAAUGGCAGCCAUGAUGGGCUUCUCGUCAUUUGGCGGCACUAAAAAGCGAAAGUUCGACCAAGCACACUCACCAGCCAAAGAUGAGUACAGUGCCAGCGGUGCGAACUCGACCGAACUAGGAGUGCGGACCAAAGCUUCAAGCAACGAAAACCCAAGUGGUGAAGAGCCUCUCAGUGCUGCUCCCCUUGCAAAAGCACCGCCACCAGCCAGUGGACUUGCAAGCUUCCUAGCUCGUGGUCAAGCACUCCCAGAAAAGCCUCCUAAUGCUGCACCUGUUCGCCAGGACGGAACAACUCAAGCGGGCCCUUCAGCAUCUGAAUUGAUCUCAUUCGGUGGACCAUCCAUACCUCGAGCUGAAUUGAACGCUCUCCGGUUUGGAGUCAAGAACGCCGACGGAGAUACAGCCUACUUCCUGCCCAGUUUCGUCGAAGAUCCGUGGGGAAAACUGCUCUCGAGCCGAACUUGAAGGUUCACCAAGGAGUGAGG